CGGCUAAAUAUUUGGUGUUCCGGCAUGCGCACAGCGCUGUGCAGAGGAGUGCCUUCACCUGGGCAAGAGGUGGACCGGGUCGAGCUUCUGGCGCGUUUCCUGGCGUGUGUGGGGGGCAGUGCAGUGAUUGGCAUCGGGGCCCCAGCGCUUUACUCGCAAGAGGAGAGGGCGCGGGCUAUUAUCGCGCCUUGCGCCUUAGCACAGGCGGCUGUGGGGGAGGUAGAAGAAAGUGGAGAUGCUGGCGGUGUCGGGGGUACUCUUGGACGCCCCGGAAGGCCGCGGAGCCGCAGGCUUUAGGUCCGUGGCCUGGUGAAAUAAGCAGCAAGUAGGAGUGAGCUCCGCGGACCUUUGGUGACUAGUGAAGCAUUGCUAUUUAAGAAUGGAAGAGGAUCCAGAUUUUCAAAUAAGGUUUAGUUCUUUGUGUUUCAUUACUGACCAUGUUGGAUUUCAUGGCACUAUAAAAAGUUCACCAAAUGACUUUGUUGUUAUUGAGAUUGAUGAACAGGGACAGUUAGUUAAUAAAGCCAUUGAUGAACCUAUUCACAAGAGUAGUAAAGUACUACCUGAGGCAAAUAAUUUUGCCAAAAAAACAAAAAUAGGUUUUCAAAAUUUAUCCUUUGAAGAGGGAAGCAACGAGAAAGUCAGUACUUUGGUCCGGUACUCUGAUGAUGACCGAAAUCAUCAGUCUGAUUCAGAAAAGGAAGAUACUAUCAGUGAUGGAAUCUCCAAAGGUGAAGAAGAAAAAGUUUAUGCGUUAGGCUCCUUGUUAAAUGAAAAAACUAAUGAAUUACUGAACCAGUUUGCCUGUGAUAUAAAAGAGAAAUGGAAUUCUAACAGUGAGCUAAGUGGACCAUCUCCUGAAUUCUCUCUAGGCAGAAUCCUUGACAAAAAACAGAGGGCUAUUUUGCAUAGUGCUGUUCGGCAGAAAUUUCCCUUUUUAAUAACUGUAGGAAAAAACACUGAAAUUGUUGUAAAACCAAAUCUUGAGUAUAAAGAACUCUGUCACUUGGUGUCUGAAGAAGAAGCAUUUGACUUUUUUAAAUACUUGGAUGCAAAGAAAGAAAAUUCUAAAUUUACCUUUAAGCCUGAUACAAGCAAAGACCACAGAAAAGCUGUACACCAUUUUGUGAACAAAAAGUUUGGAAAUCUUGUGGAGACCAAAUCUUUUUCUGAAGCUAAUUACAAUGCUGGUAAUCCAAAUGCAGUGAUAACAGUAAGAUUUCGUGAAAAAGCACACAAGCACAGGAAGAGGUCUCUUGAAUGCCAGGAAAGAAAAGUUAUAUAUACAGCCUUCACCCUGCAAAAAGAGAAUCUAGAAAUGUUUGAAGCAGUUGGUUUUUUAGCUGUCAAACUUGGUGUGAUUCCUUCGGAUUUUAGUUAUGCAGGCCUUAAAGACAAGAAAGCCAUCACCUAUCAAGCAAUGGUCGUCAGGAAAGUGACUCCAGAGAGGUUGAAAAAUAUAGAAAAAGAAAUUGAAAAGAAAAGAAUGAGUGUGUUUAAUAUUCGGUCUGUAGAUGAUUCCCUUAGACUAGGUCAGCUCAAAGGAAACCACUUUGAUAUUGUCAUCAGAAAUUUGAAAAACCAAAUAAAUGAUUCUGUAAACCUAAGAGAGAGAAUUUUGGAAGCAAUAGAAAGUGUUAAGAAUAAAGGGUUUGUGAAUUACUAUGGACCGCAGAGAUUUGGGAUGGGAAAGAAAGUUCGCACAGAUCAAAUUGGAUUGGCUUUGCUGAAGAAUCAAGUGGUGAAGGCUGUAAAAUUAUUUCUUACACCGGAAGAUCUGGAUGAUCCUGUGAAUAGAGCAAAGAAAUAUUUUCUUCAAACUGAAGAUGCUAAAGGCACGCUUUCACUGAUGCCCGAAUUUAAAGUUCGAGAGAGAGCGUUGUUGGAGUCGUUGCAUCGCUUUGGCAUGACCGAGGAGGGUUGUAUUCAGGCAUGGUUCUCUUUUCCCCAUUCUAUGCGCAUUUUCUACAUUCAUGCAUAUAGUAGCAAAGUUUGGAAUGAGGCAGCAUCUUACAGACUUGCAACCUAUGGAUCAAGAGUGGUGGAGGGUGAUUUGGUCUGUUUGGAUGAAGAUGGUGAUGAUGAGCAUCUCUCAAGUAGUAAAGUUCAUCUAGUAACUGAAGAAGAGGAAUCAUCUAAUACAUAUGCAAUACGUCAGGUGGUUCUGCCAGUGCUCGGAUACAAUGUUCAGUACCCAAAGAACAAAGUAGGCCUGUGGUACCAGGAAGUGCUUAGCAGAGAUGGACUACAGACAUGUAGGUUUAAAGUACCUACUCUGAAACUGAAUGUUCCAGGAUGCUACAGAAAGAUUUUGAAACAACCCCAUAAUAUCUCAUACCAGCUAAGAGAAGAACACGAUACUGAUGUCAAAGCAGAAGGUUCCCAUAUCAAUGAAGCAACAUUAUCUCUUCUGAUUUCUUUUGAUCUUGACGCUUCUUGUUAUGCCACAAUUUGCCUGAGGGAAAUAAUGAAGCAUGACUUUUAAAACCUUUAUUCUUGAUAUAACAUAUAUAUGUUGCUCUUUAAAGGAAAGGGGGCUAAAAGUUUUUUCACAUCUGCCAUGUACUAGGAGCUUUAUAAUUAUCUCCUUUAGUUACAUGGUAUCCUAAUGAAGUAGAAUUUUGAUGCUAAUAUUCUGGAAGACAUGUAACUAGUAAGUGAGUGUCUGAGUUUAGGACUCCAAGCCUGUGGGGUUUUUUUUCUAUUAUCUAACAUUUCAGUGACCCUUCUUCUGUGUUAUAAAAGUUACAGUCUUUCUGGACUAUGAGGAGCGUAUAAUAUUGCAAGAUAACAUUUAAGAAAAAAAGUUUUUGGAGUAAUGUUUAUAUCCUUUAGCUCCUUGCUUAGAAUAUAAAUGAAAUUGAAUUGUAAUGAAAGCAUAUAGUUAGAGAUAAAGAUAGAUGAAGCAUUUGUUAAUUAUGACUUUCAUUCUUUCCUAUUUUUGAAAUUGAUAAGAAAAAUACAUCAGGAAAAUGUAAUCCCCCUAUUUGUGAUAGCUACCUCAGGGUAGUUUACCCCUUUAUGAGAGAAAUAAUCUUCGAUGAAGAUCAAAAUAAAAAUUUUUAUUCAAUCUGUUUAUCUUGUCAUAUAUUGAUCCUCAACAUUUUUUUUUUACUCCCCAUUAUUUAAAACGCAGAUUUCAGAGUCAGGCAGAUCUGGGCUCAUACUUCAGCUCUGACACUUAGUAGUGACUUUGAGUAUGUUAUUGAUUGUUUUUGAGGCUCACUUAAAGAACCAACAUAUCACCCAUCUUAUAAGCAACAAAUAAUAGGAUUCUCUCUACCUUUUAUGUUGCUAGAGGAAGAAAACAUUUGGCCCAUUUAAAAAUUUAAAUACAUGUAUUUGUUGGUUUAACUAUUUCACAUCAUAAAUCAUCCUUAACCACUUUAUGUUAUUUAAAUUUGAGGGGAAAUGGAAUGAACCGAGCAUUCUUUUGUUACUGGUAAUAUUAUAUAAUGAAACUUUAAAAGCAGUAUACAUUAUAUAUUAGUAAUGUGGCACAUUUAUAUACUUCAAGUAAGUCAAAGUAUUUCAAGAGUAUCAGCAUAAGGAAAUAAAAUUCAAAAGAAGGAAAAGAGCCAUACACAAUGCGAAAUUUGCUUAUUGCAGCAUUUUUAUAUGUAAUAAAAGAAAUUAGAACUAGUUUGAAAGCCCAGCAUUAGAUAACAAAAGUAAAAUGACAUGUAUCAACUUGAUGGCAAAUGUGCUAAUUAUUGAAAGUGAUGAUGAUGGUUUUAGGUAUGAGAAAAUAUUGCCCCUUGAAAGCAGAACAUGUAUAUUAUACAUACAUAAUUAAUGUACACUGUAUGUACACUGAAUGUGUCUUUUUCAAUGAGAGGCACUUUAGCAUAGUGAUUAAAAAGCAUGGAUAACUGGAGACAGACUCCCCCAGUUUGAACCUUGACUCAGCCACUUACAGCCAUGUGGUCUUGGACAAGUUUCUUAAGUUUUAUGUGCCUCAGUUUCAACAUCCAUAAUAUGAGGAUGGUAAUAUUCCUACCUCUUAUGAUUGUGAUGAUUUGCUGAAUAUGUAAAGCAGCUUAGAAAAGUGCAUCUUGGGAAUAACAGCAUAAGGAAAUAUAUGUCUACAGAAGCAAGUUUGGGAAGGAAGGAAAAGGAAAGGAAAAGAAGAAAGAAAGUAAAAAGGAAAGGAUGAUAAUCUGUUAAGAUGAUAGGGCGUUUGGAUAUUUUUAGUACCAAAAGUCCCUUUUUUGUCAUUACACAUUUUAAUAAUAAAUAAAUUUAGGACACAAAAUGUAGAUAUUGUAAUUCCAUGGGUUUGAAAAAUUACCUUUAUUUUAAUGUUUAUUGAAAACCAAAUGAUAUAUUAAGUCAUACAUUUUAGAAAAAUAUUUACUUCAUUUUAUAUGGUAAAUUAUAUUCUGUAAAUAUAAUCAGAAAUUGGAUUGUGUAAAUUAUUAAAUCCCAGUUUUCUUUUAAGCAAUUAGAAAAUGUGAAAGCAUUAAAAUGUGCUUUUAUUGAUAUUAUUUUCUUUGCCUGUAGAUGGCACUAUAAUUUUAGAUAUCUUUAUUACUUUGACCAUGUAUAAAGAAUCACUAAACUUGUUUGAAGCCAUCAUAAAAUGUGAUCAGAUAAUGUAGAGAAUUAUUUUAUAUACCAAUAACACUUGCCAUGUUCAUUGUUUUUUUCAUUUUAAGGACUUUCAGAUACUUUGGACCAAAUGAUCAGGUUUUUGCAGUUUUACUGGGGCAUUUCAGGCUUUCAGGACGAUAUUCUUUGGAUAGGUUUUAAUUUCCAAAGUUGCAUUUGAAACUGAGCUACUGUACCUCAGGAUUAUGAAGGUAAAACAAAUGGAAAUACUUUUAUUAAGAUAAAAAGCACUUGAAUUGUUGUGAGUUGUAAUAAGCUGACAGUCAUAUAUAACUUUGGUCUAAGUAUCAUUUAUUGAGUGUCUGUUGUGUUAGGCAUAUCUCUCAUUUUAAUUCAUAUACCCACCCUUUAGAUAGGUAGAUAGUGUUUUCCUGUUUUUGCAGAUGAGAAAAUACUGAAUCCUUUACUAACCUAUUCAAGGUCCAAAAGAUAGUAUGUGGUUGAACUUGAUUAUGCUUCCCAAAUAGGCACUGUUUCAUCUGUCUAACAUUUACCUUCUGAAAGUAUGUUUGUUGGUUAAUCACCCAUUCCUACCAACUUAAUAUUACUUGCCAUUUAAUAAUAGGUAUGUUGGAGCAGAGAGAAAUAAGAUUCCUUUUGAGAUUCUGAAACCAAAAUAAAAUAAAAGAGAUGGAUCGAUCCUUCAGGAAAUUCCCAAGUCAUUUUGGUGUAGUUUUCAGAAUAUUCUGAGACUUGUAUCGUAAUCACAGGCAAAAUCAUUGUAGGUAAUAAGAAGUUACUUGAAAUUUUACCUGGCACAUUGUUUGACAUUAUUGGG